AUGCCAGCCAUGAGGAGCGCGUCAGCUCGGUCCCAGACUUCCCAGACGAAGACCCUUUCUACUCGAGCUCCACCGCCACCCUCGAAUUCCUCUGUCGAGGAUCACUUUUUCUGGACGUAUACAGAAGAACCGCACAAGUCAAGGAGGCAGGCAAUCAUCAAAGCGCAUCCGGAGCUUUGUGGUUAUGAGCCGUUGACGAAAUACGUCGUUUUGGGCGUUGUUUCGCUUCAGGUUGCUUGCGCAUAUCUCCUACGCAAUACGCCGGUGCUGUCAUGGCCGUUCUUCCUGACGGCGUACGUUAUCGGCGCCACCGCGAACCAAAACCUCUUCCUUGCCAUUCACGAGAUUUCACAUAAUCUGGCGUUCAAAUUGCCGUUGGCGAAUAGAUUGUUGGCUAUUUUUGCGAAUUUCCCAAUUGGAUUACCGUAUAGUGCUGCGUUUAGGCCCUACCAUUUAACCCAUCAUAAAUCCCUCGGCGUUGCGUCGCUCGAUACCGACCUUCCCACGGCCCUGGAGGCCGUAUUAUUCGACUCGAUUUUAGGAAAAGCAUUCUUUUGCACUUUCCAAAUCCUCUUCUACGCAAUUCGGCCCAUGUUCAUCUACACACCCGCCUUCACACAUAUCCACUUCCUCAAUAUAAUCGCACAAUUCAUGUUUGAUUUUGCCCUCUACAAGCUCUGCGGUUCCUCAAUGCAAUCAGUCUAUUACUUGAUCCUCAGUUCAUUCCUCGCUGGCUCCUUGCAUCCCUGUGCUGGCCACUUCAUCGCGGAGCAUUACUUCUUUUCCAAAACAAGCGGAGGAACCGAGUCGAUUGAAGAACAACGGAAAGCCAAAUCAGGAAAGAAAGAAUUCACCUCUGCGUCUGCUUUGGCAUCGUUGCCCCCCCCUGAAACAUACUCCUACUACGGACCGCUUAACAUUUUCACUUAUAACGUCGGUCUGCACAAUGAACACCACGACUUUCCGGCAAUCCCUUGGACCCGACUGCAUACCUUACAUCGCAUUGCAAAAGAGUUUUAUGAACCAUUACCAUGCCAUCGAAGCUGGGUGUGGGUGAUUUGGACAUUCAUCUUGGAUAAGAAUGUGGGUAUGUGGUGUCGGGUGAAGAGAGCGGAAGGUGGGCGAAUGGUUGGUGGGAAGGACAAUAGCGGGUGGAAAGAGAGUGAGAUUCAAAAUUGA